GUUAUUUUAAUAAUUACAUAGUUAAGGUUAUAGCCAACGGAUUAUUGCGAUAUUUAAGUUUUAUCGAACAUGUUUAUUUAGCUUGCUAAUAAUUAUCGAACGUGUUUAUGAAGCUUGAUAAUAAUUAUCUGAAUAAAAUUUUGCGAUGCAAAAGUUUAAUUUUGAGAUCCUAAAUUGGUGACGUUAUGGAGCUGAAAGUAUGGGUAGAAGGAAUACAACGUAUUGUAUGUGGUGUUACAGAAACGACUACAUGUCAGGAUGUAGUAUAUGCUCUUGCCCAUGCAACGGGCCAAACAGGUAGAUUUACUUUAAUAGAAAGGUGGAGAACUAACGAACGUCUUUUAGCUCCAUAUGAAAAUCCUUUAAAGAUUCUGAUGAAAUGGGGAGAAUAUUCUUCAGAAGUUCAGUUAAUAUUAAGACGUUCUACCCCAGAAAAUAAUAAGGCAUCUAGUUCAUUGGGAUCUCGUUUAAAUCAUGGCACAAGAUCAAAUGGCCUGAUGAGUUCAGAACAUAUCACAAGUAAUAGUGGACAAGAUGACACUAAGAAUGCCCCAACCCCAAAUUCUGAACUUGAUGAUUUACAAGGUUGUCUUGAUAGAAAUCGUGACAUCAGAAAAUCAUUAACGUUUGGAGGAUUACAUGGACAUGUUAUGGAAAAUAACACAGAAAUUCAAAUGGAAAAUGUUGCCAUAGUUCAACCUACAUUGCAUUUAAAAAAUAAGGAAUUGAAUAUAAGAAAAAAUAUACAAAAACCAGCUCAGUCUCCUACCCGUGCUAGUAGCAGCGAAAGUAACACACAUUUAUCACAAAAGAAAGUGCGUGAAGUUCCCCCAUAUAGGGAUCCUCCAGGUCCAGCUUCACCACCUUUAAGAACUUUACCCCCAUACAGAGAUCCUCCACCACCUAACUUAAAUAGUCCUGGAAGAUCACAGUUUCAAUCUAAUACAAAUAUUGGAAGUCCUCAUGUACAUAAAGAAGAUCAACCAUCUUCCAGUAAUUCUGUCAAACUAAAGAGAAAUCUUAUUCAGGAAUUUCAAGAUACAAAAGGACAAACUCAAUCCAUAAACCAAUUAUCUGGUCAAGCUCAGAAUAUGGUUACAGUUGCUUACACUCAACGCUAUGUUGAACUUAUUAGACUAGUCAAUAAGCAACGUGAUACUAUUAAUGCGCAGCAAGCAGAUCUUACUAAAUUUGAUGCUGAAAUAUUGUAUUGGGAAACUAAAAAUAGAGAACAAAUGCAUCAAAUGGAUUUUAUUUCUCAGGAAGUAAAUCGUAUGGAAGCUACUGGACGUCUUAUCGAAGAACAGUUAAAAGAACUAGCACAUGUUGAAGAAGAAAGUGAAAUAGUUAGACAACAAGAAAAAACAUUAAAGUCAGAAAUUACUUUGCUGAGAUCAAAACUUGCAAAUUGUGAAACAGAAUUACUUCAGUGUAAAAAUAAAAUCAGAUUAGUUAUGGAAGAACUUGCAAUAGAACAGCAUAAUAUAAGUCGUGAAACAGACGAAAGACAAAUAAUGGAACGUAAAAUUAUUACCGAAGUUGAGCAUCUUCAAAAUGAAGUAGAACAAGCUAAACGUUCUGCUGAAUUAGCUUCUCAGUGUGCGGAAACAUUAAAAUUGGAAGUAGUAAGUUUAGAGUCAGCGAUUGUUGAAAAAAAAUUACAAGUAGAACGAUUAGUAACAGAUAUGAAAGAAGCUAAUUUACAAAGUCUUGCUGUUGCUUGUCAAGACGAACAAGUCAAAUCAUUAUUUGAAGGCACUCAUAAACCUGGUAGUACGCGUAAAAUGAUAGGUUCGCCAAGACAAUUGGAAACUGCGGUACCUACGAGUAAAAAUCCACAUGGUGUUUGGGUAUAAACGUAUAUUAUUCGAUAUACUUUGAGAUAUUGAACAUAAUAUUUUUUAUUUUUAAUACAGUAAACGAUUAAAUAUUUCGUAUAGGAUUACACGUGCAGUUUGCACUUCUAGUAGAAUCAGUGUAAGUGAAUAAGAUAUUUUACUUUCGUAUUGUUCAUGUAUACACUAAUUCUUCUUAUCUAUUGGCCAUAUAAUUUUGAACAAGUUUAAGUAAUAAGUAUAAAUCGUAUUAAUAGUCUUAAACAUUAUUUGUAUAUAUCCAAGAUAAAAAAAUAUUGGACAAUACAUUUAUCCAAAGUAUUACAAUUAUAAAUCAUGUGACCUGUUUGCAUGAUAUAAUUUAAGUAAACGUACUUAUAAAUUGUUACAAAUUUCAUGGAAUUAUUGUCUGACAUAAGAUUAUAUAUUUUCUACAAUCAAAAUGAUUCCGUAAAUUAAAAGCAUUUACAUAUUGGUGCACUUAAAAUAUUAAUGUAGUACACACACGCAUAUUGUGUAUCUUGUACAUAUCGUUGAAAGCAUGUGAUAACAAAGUCUGAAACAUUCUAUUCUACCUUCUGUUGAAGUAUAAUAAUUUUUAAAUA